AUGGGCAAUAUCGACAUAUCCGAUAGGACGAUCUUGUCUACUACCUGGGAAGUGUUGGAUAAAACACCAAAUGGACUGUUUGGAUGUCCCGCAAUAUCCCUCGAGAAACUCUAUCGAGCUCUGGGCACCACAUAUGAGACUCUCAAUCCUAGUUCUAUAACCAGCCUGUUAGCUGAACAUAGCGGAGAGCUACUGGGAAGUAAUCAUAAAAUAUCGCUCAAGUCGGUUAGGAAAGGUGAAAAGAAAGAUUAUUGGAUAGUGUUCCAACCAACAAUUGCGAAGGUGCACCCAGGCAGCCCUACAGCCAGCUCAACAGUAUCUGCCAGGAAGCCAGAUACAAAAAGAGGUUCGAAGAUAGAUAGUAACGCCUCGUCCUGGGAAGAUCUUGGUGGUGGAACGACAGUGGAGCUUUUACCUGAUCUACCAGGAGGAUCGAAAAAUCUUUCCCUUCGUAUCGCCCCAAGAUCAGCUAGAGAAAAGAUAUUUUCUGUUCUUGGAUUGAGAAAGGAGAAAUAUCGAAAUGACCACAGUAGCGACAAGCCCUCGGUCGAAAGCGUGAUACAAGGGCAAGAAGGGGAUGGUAUCGAAAUUGGCUCUAAUGAUCAGGGAAGACAGCGGGAUUCGGCGUCACAGCACGACCCGUCAAGCCUAGGAAGGUCUGUUCAUAGUAAGGAGAACGCCAAGGGGGAUUGGUUGAAGGAGACUCACACUUGGAAAGAUGGAAGAAAGAAACCAGAAAGAAAAGGGACGGAGUGGAGUACAAUAGAUGCUUACGAUUACACUACCGAAAUUGGCCACUCUGCAGAGAUCGAUAUUGACCAAAAAAGAGAAAGGAAUCAGGCGAAUGUUGACAAAUCAGAGAGAGGGAAAGCAGACAGAGAUUUAACACCAAAUGCAGAGCUGAAGUUGGAUCAACAACAAGUGAGAACAAGUAGUGUCGCGGCUGAGGCUGAGGACGAGCAAGAAGAAGAGUCACCAGAAGAAGCGCAACCAAAAGUGAAAACCAAAUUUGAUUUUACUGAUCAUAAUGACAUAUCUACGAAUCAACGGGUUAGCCCAGAAUUGAAUGGUGAUUAUUAUGACUAUCAAGUGAUGCACGGAAGGCAUGACGAACCCCUCGAAGAUGGAGCGAUUGGUGUCGAGCCCAAGGGUGAAGGAUCAAGAAGAGAUAAUAAAGAUCGCAAAAAGGAUAAGUAUAAGCAUAUAAGCAAGGAUGAACGGAAGAAUAGAAGCAAAGACCCAGAGUCUAAUUCUGAGAUAAAUUCGAUUUCUCCUGCUGACAUCACCUCGAGUGAAGAAGAUAGUAAGACUAAGGAUGGAACUCGACACAAGUCUCUAAGAGGAAAGGAAGAUAGACGCAAUCAGAAACCGCAUGAGGAUAGGAAGAGAAGUCAUAAGACCAGGUUGAGAUCGUCCAGCGAUGAUGAGAGGACCUCGGAAAACCCUUCUGAUCAAUAUUCAUCAGAAUCAGAAGAACACCAUGAAGACUACAAGGUCCCAAAACCACCCACACCAUUCUUUCUCAAAGCCUUGGAGGGAUUACCAUUCGAACCUGAUAUCAGCAUUAUCAAUUCCCUCUCAUGGUUUAGAGAUCGAUAUCACUUAAUCUUAGUUGAGUUGAUUGUUUUGUUGAGCAUAGUAUAUAUACUUCAGGCUAGUGGAUUGUAG